AAUCAAUAAUCAAUUUCAACUUUUGAUCAACCAAGAGGACGACGUACCGAAUCAGCUUCUGUAAGAUAAAGAAAAAGAAAAAAGAUCAUCUAACACUGGUGGAAUGGCACAGCAGCGAGUUCAACACCAAGCCACAGCCCGUGCAAAGUCGUCCCGGAAAAAUGGAAUAAAAAAUGGAAACCAUACCCUUUUAUGCUAUGAAACAAAAACUGAGGAGCAAAAUCCAUUGACGAAGCUCAUCGAGGAUAAUGUGGAGUACAGUAAAUUGUGUCAACUCUGCAAGAUUCCAGAUGGACCAAUUUCCGAGAGUCAGCUGGAAUUCCACUUGGUGACUGCCGUCCGAAUGGGCCACCGUGAGCUGGCAUCUGCUUUGGCACAAGGACCCGUGAGAAUGCACUGCAACGAUCUUCACCGAGCAACGCUGAAUGAUGAGAAGCUGGCUGCCAGAAUUCUUUCGGUGUCUGUUGCCAAAAAGGCGUAUAUGAAUAAAAAUAUCACUCCUCUUCAAACGGCCGCCAUUUCCAACUCGAUCCAUAUGCUUGAAGCGGUGAGAGCCGUCUACCCAACGAUCAACAUUCCCGAUCAAGACAACUGGUAUACGAUGCACUAUGCCGCGUGUGCUCCCGGAACUGCCCCCAUGGAAUUUCUACUCAAAAACGGUGGAUCUGUUACAAUGCUCACCAAGCAGUCUGAAACGCCGUUGCAUGUGGCUGCCUGAGUUCAACUCUCCACCACGGCCAAAUUUUUUUCCAUCCAAAAAAAAAGGGAAAAAAAGGGCCGGAAAAAACAAACAAACAAUUUAGUCACAGGCAACAAGGUCCUAGGAUUUUUCGUGUAACAAUCUAUUUUUCGUGUAACAAUCUAUUUUUUCGUGUAACAAUCUAUUU